GAUUCUUCAACGUCAUAAUUUACCUGACACCUUGGGGCGUGCCUUUUCCAUGCAAAUAUAAGCAGACCCCUCGGAGGUUUUCUGAUCAGACUUGUGCUUUGCUUCCCAUCAUCUCACUCUCACUGAGGACUAACGCAAUGGAUCUCAGGGGUCUUGCUCUUAUCCUGUUUCUCUCAUUGCCCACCAUAGGUGCCAUCCCAAAAUGCUGUGUGGAAAUAUCUCCAAAAGUGCCACUUAACAUUCUGAUGAUGGUGGAUAAAUAUGAUGUCCAGAGCAGCCAGGGUGUCUGUGACAUUGAUGCCAUCAAAUUACACGUGAAGGGGAAGAGGUACUGUGCACACCCAAAAGUCCUAAAAAUCCUACAAGUGAUCGAGGUGUGGCGGGGACAGCGGAAGGCACAUACCAGUUGGACGGGUAUUUGAGGAUGCUAUUCGUUAUUGUGUCUUCACCCUGUUGUGUCCCAUCCAUUACCAAUUCAAGCUACUGAUGAAUCACACAAACAGGCUUCAUUUACUGUAAAUAGGCUACAUGUUGAACUUAAAGUAGAAAUUGCCCCUCCAGUUUGCCCCCACCAAUUUGCUAUCUUACCUGCGCCUCAGUUUAAUCAAAGACGCUCUAAUACAGAACCGUCUCUGAUUUAACCAAAGCUGUACGCUUUGUUGAACGUGAUUGCUGUGUUUAGCUUAAGCUGAUAUUCAGCUAAAUCGAUUGUAAACCGAAACUAACAUAUCCAGACAGUAUCAGAAUGCAUUCUGGCAUGGCAUUCCACUUAAUGAUGUCUAUAACGAAGUUAUAUCCGCACAAAUAUCAAUAGGCCUGUGCUAUUAUUAAAGCCUAUAGCUAUUACAAUGUAUAUCACAUCCGCAUCCAUGUAAGAUGUACGAUUUUGUUCUUAAACAAAUAA